UGCCACACCGCGGCCCAUCGCGAGAAUCGAACAGGGCCGCGUAUUAUACGCGUAGUGUAACCUCCCAAGGGAACGCCGUACGCCUAUAUACGUCGCGAUACGAACUCUUCGAACGAACCUCUUUAUUUUUAUCAAUUGAAAUCCUAACCGCUAACUCAUAGAGAUCUGUCGACUGAGACAGACAGAGAGAAAGAGAGAGAGAGAGAGAGAGAGAGAGAGAGAUAAACACAGACAGACAGACGUACAGAGUGCAUUGAAUAUUCUCUCAUGCGAUGUAACCGCUGAUUUGGGAUUUAAUUUAAAUUCUGACUGAAAUACCUAAUAUCAAUUUUUCAAAUACGUUACGUGUCCGAGCGUAGAUACCAUAAAUAACAGACAUAAUGAUGCGCGAGUGAAUGCGCGCGGAACGUUGAAUUUUUACGCUCCUGUCGGUUAGUACAUCCGUGGAAUUUCACGGUCGAACAAGUCAACGGCCUUAUCGCGUAGCAUUUUAGGCCUGAAGAUCGAACAGUUAUUUCUUUUUUCCCUCCCUCCCCCCGCCGACGCCAGGCUUUUCCGACGGUGAACAUUUUUUGUUUGUCGUUUCGAUCGUGGAACUGGGUGUAAAAACUGUAUCGUUUAGAGAGAUAACGAUCGAUCGUCGAUCGACGAUUUCACUAAAAAGUUCUCGGGAAAUAGGAAGGAAGAGAAAGAAGAAAAGAAGAGGGCGCCAGCACAGAUAUAUCGGCGAGUGUGACUGGACGGAAAGACGUGGGCGAUUCCCAAGUACCGGCCUCCUGGUCCGUCGUGUCGUUAGGAGUGUCAGUGAGUAUGAGGAGGUGAACCUAACCUAUUCGUUGAGUGCGCACUAUCGAUUAAGGAGCCAUCAAUUUUAAAGAAGACCACGACUCUCUUCUAUUCUCUUAUAUACACGCUGAUCAUCGUUCAUGCCCAAUCUCGCGAUCAGCGGAAAUACUGUUUGUGCGUUCAUAAAUUUCCCGCUCAGCUACGCCGCGAGACAACCGAGAUUUGACGUGCGUACUUGAAGCGUGAAUUCGAAUACAGAAAGUGCGACGAUUUUCGUUGUGAGAACAUAAAGAAUCUAACAGGGGCCUGAGAAAAAAGAUAUUUUACGGCCGAGAGUCAGAAGUGUUCGUGUCGCGAGUUGGAAGUGAUUCUAUGCGUCAAGAUGAUGGAGACACAGAAUUAUUGGGAGGACAACUCUGCUCAUUCGAUGCAAGUGAAAUACGAGAGUUUGGACGGUAGAUCAUGCAAGGACGAAAUAUGCAGAAUGAGAAUAGGUGCCGGAUACUGCGAAGGAAAUCUGAAUUUUGCCACGGCCUCGGAAGAUGACGAAGUGUAUACCAAGAAGAAGGUCUCUAGGGUAUUGUUUAUUUCUGUUGCAGCAAGAUCCGAUGUCUCAUAGAAUCAUCGAAAAACGGAGAAGGGAUCGUAUGAACAACUGUUUGGCUGAUCUGAGCAGACUCAUACCAGCCGAGUAUCUGAAGAAAGGCAGGGGACGAGUAGAAAAGACGGAGAUCAUUGAAAUGGCGAUUCGUCAUAUGAAGCAUCUUCAAAGUCUUCGGCAAGAAACAAAGCAUCCUGCCGUGACGUCAGCGCCCACACACCCCGAGGAUAGCGUGGACAGCGUCUCUCACUCCACGGUGACGUCUACAGCAGCCGAACACUAUAGGCUGGGGUUCCAAGAGUGCCUCAGCGAAACCAUGCAUUUCCUCGUCGAGGUGGAAGGUUUCUUCGCUAGGGACUCUUUGUGUGUACAAUUAAUCAACCAUCUGCAACAGCAUUGCGACAGGAUCUUAGCUACCAGUGACAGGCUAGGCUUCCCUCACCCCGAGGUGCCAACCUCGAACGGCGUAGUGAACGGUGGCUACACUCACACCAGCAUCCCCACGAUGUGCCAGCCGAAUUCUCACUCGGACCAGGGAUCGAGCUCCGGCGUGAGCUCGUUCGGUGAUCCAGAGCGCCCCCUGCAAUCCACGAUCAUACCGCCGCCAAUGAUCGUCAGCGACGACAGCAAUCACAGCACUCAUUCGCACAGCACCCCGCCGACCACCAGCUGCAAGCCUUCCAAUUACAAGUUCAAGAGCUCCAUCAAGCAGAGGUUCUCCGCGGAGAGGAUAAAGUCGAGCCCGCCGCCGGCUACCACCGCGGAGAAGCCAUCGUCGUCCCACGGUGUGCCGAUCUUCGCGCUGCACGACGGCGGUGCAUUCUACGUCCCGUUGACCGUCGAAGCGGCGCUGUUGAGGCCUCAUCUAAACUUCAUACCGGACACCGGUCCGGACACCGUUCUCCAUCCUGUGACGAUCUCGGUGAACUUCAACCAGUCGUCCCCGCCAGCCUGGUCGCAUCAUCAUAGUCCUACGCAUCAGCAGACAUAGAGCGCGCGUUCGAUUUGUCGUUCAAAGUGGCCUGUCGACGCGCUCGAUGCAUAGAAACACACACACACACACACACAUGUGGCCGUGUAAGUUUGCCACAUGACUCGAGUGCGACGAAUCGAUCGAGGAUUAUUGUAACGAUCGACGAUUAUCGUAGACGAUUAUCGUAUAUAGAAAUGACGAGCCAACGAAGUAUUUCGGGUGGUUAGCGGAGUCCUACGAUGAUGAUGUCGCUGCUCUAUUCACCGUUAGGGGAACGUGAUUUAAGUUUCUUUCUGGUUCUUUAGCUCGUAAGAUCCGACGAACACUGCUUAUUACCAUACCCGUUUCACGAAGAUUGGAGGUGUCGAGGAUAUUUUUGUAUAUUUACCGAGGCUGUGGGUUGUCUUAGCAUUUAUAAGGAUCGAGAAGCGAGGCGAUUGAGCUCGGAGGUAGAGAUAGAGUAUUAGGGCGUGGUGCCCCUCAGUUACUUUAGCUUCGGUGUGCCUUUUUCUUUUUCGUAGGUAUAACAUCGCUGUACCGAGUCCCGUUCCUCCUUGUUCUUCUACUGUCUCUUCACUUUUCCUCGCGAAUUUCAUUCUGUUUCGUCGCGUCACUCUCUCUUUGUAUUCCGUUUAUUUCUCUGUGUUUUGAUUCUACACUCGUUUCUGUCUUCUUUUUGUUACUUUCUUCGCUGGCUGACACAAUUUACAGCAUGAAACUCUUUAAGUAUCGAC